CCGGGAGGGAGGGAGUCAGAGGAAGAAGAGCAGCAGGACGGACACACGGACCGGACCGACCCUCCGGUAGCAGCAGCUGUAGCUUUGAUCCGACUACGGUUUGGAUUUUCAGCUCUGGAGUUUCAGUUUGUUGCCGUUGGAUCCCGGAACAAACGGAAAAUGCGGCUCAGGAGGCGUGAAUCCGAGCAGCAGCGACGCGUUUAAAGCGGACCGAGCUGCGGUUCGUGUUCCGUUAAGUGAGUGAUGACAGGUCUGAAGACGUCAGCGCCGCCGGGGAAAGUAAGAAACCACCUGCUGUAAAAGUUUCCUGGAGCUCCUCACGGAUCAGCCCGAGCUGCUGACACCGGGAACCGCGGGGAACCGAGCCAGAGCGCGCAGGGAAGGAAUGCGGCUUUUACGCACGGAGCCGCCGCAGAUCCCGAGCAGAGCCUCCCGUCUGGUGAGCGCCGACCCCUGCCGCCUCCCCGGGCCCCGCGCCGGGAGUCUGCCGUGAUGUUGCCAUGGUGCCUCGGGCUCAGGUGAGCAGCGCGGCGGAGCUCCGGUCCGGAUGGCUCGGCGGGACGCGGUGAGGUGUCUGCGUUGUCUGCUGUACGCGCUCAACCUGCUGUUCUGGCUGAUGUCAGCCUGUGUGCUGGGAGUGGCAGCGUGGAUCCGAGACUCCCUGAACACCGUCCUGACACUGACAGCCCACACCAGGUUGGAGGAAGCUGCCGUCCUCACGUAUUCUCCAGCUGUCCAUCCCGUCAUCAUCACCGUGUGCUGCUUCCUCAUCAUCGUCGCCAUGGUUGGAUACUGUGGGACGCUCAGGUGUAACCUGCUGCUGCUGUCCUGGUACUUCGGCAGCCUGUUGGUGAUCUUCUGUGUGGAACUGGCCAGUGCUGUCUGGACCUACGAGGAGCCUUCAGUCCAGCGCUCUGAUAUGAUCAGUCUAAAAUCUCGGAUGCAGAACUUCGGCCUGCAGAGAUACCAGUGGUUGACACACACCUGGAACAGCUUCCAGACGGAGUUUAAGUGCUGUGGGGUGAUCUACUUCACCGAUUGGCUGGAAAUGACCGAGAUGGACUUUCCUCCUGACUCCUGCUGCUCCAAUCAGUAUCCAGGCUGUGCUCGCCACGCCCACUUCCAUGACCUCAGCGACCUGCACCAGGAGGGCUGCGGUCCGAAGAUCUACAGUUUCAUCCGAGGGACGAAGCAGCUUCAGGUUCUUCGGUUCCUCGGCGUUUCCAUAGGCGUGGCUCAGAUCCUCGCCAUGGCGCUCACCUUAACGCUGCUCUGGGCGCUUUAUUACGGACGCAAGGCUCCAGAGCUGGACUCGCCAAUGCCGCUGCCGUUGGAUGACCUCGCCGUCGUCACGGCGACCAACGGAGCCUCAGCUGAGGCCUCGAAGUCGGGCUGCAGCCGGACGAAUAAAAGAAGUACGAACGUGACCUCCAAACCCAAAGAGUUUGAGAUGGAACGACUUCACGCUGCAGCCUGAAGGAAGAACGGGACGAUUCUGCUGGUUUAGUCCAACGUCAGGAACAAAGACAACAAACUCACCAAGAAAAUACCUUCAUACCUUCGAUCUGCUUCCUUUAGUUUCACCUCCAAACACCAAGAAACCCUGGAGUUAAAGUCUUUAACUAAACCUGAUCCUUUGUUUACGUAGACGGUGCAACUAGUGGCCGGAUGCUAGAGAUGUGUUCAGUAGCUUCCUCUUUAAACAAUCAAUAACAAUAAUAAUAAACAACUUUAAUAAAUAACUAGUUGAUCCCAGUUCGUCUGAAACACAUCAUCUCUGGUUGGAGGUCAUUAACCUCCACAGAAGUCUCUGUCAUGGUGCCUGUUGCUGCUAAAUCCUCUUAUUUUACCACCUUUUUACUACUAACUUCUACAAUCCCCCAAGAAAGUGAUGUUUUACUCAAUAACCAUAAAAAAGACAUUUUUGACACAUUUGCCAUAAAAACAUCUUGAGUUCACAUUUCUCUAGACUGGAAGAACACUGGGCUGACAUUAACCAUCAUAGAAGUCUUUGUCAUGGUGCCCCUUUGCAAGCUAAACUCCCACAAUGCUUUCUGCUUUUACUGCAUUACUUUUACUACAUUAGGUUAAUGGAGGAAAAACACAUCUGAGUUCUGGUAAAAACUGCAACUAAAAUAACUAAAAAAGACUGAAAAUUACCACAAAAAGACACAAAAUCACCCCAAAAAGAGCCAAAACUAUCUUGAAAGGUUCAAAUAUGCCACCAAAAACAUCCAAAAUCACUGCAAAAAGUUCCGAAAUUACCACAAAACUGGUGAAAUUGUGGCAAAAACUCAAAUUUGGCUCAAAAAACUUGCAAAAUUACCCCAACAACUUGCAAAAUUACCCUGAAACGUUCAAAUAUGUCAGCAAAAACAUGGAGAGUCACCACAAAAACGGCAAGUUCUACCUUCAGACUGGGAAUAUUUCCACAGUUCCAGGUCAGUCAGUAGGUCUACUCUAGAACUUUCUCCAGUUGUCGGUAGGUCUACUCUAGAACUUUCUCCAGGUGUUGGUAGGUCUACUCUAGAACUUUCUACAGUUGUCUGUGGUCUACUCUAGAACUUUCUACAGUUGUCUGUAGGUCUACUCUAGAACUUUCUGUAGGGGACGUUCUCCUUUCUUGAUUCCAUUGUUUAAGUUUAGUAUCACUUAGAACAUUGUAGAACCUUGAAGUCCAUAGAGGUGGGUCCAGAUUUAUCACUUUUUAAUGGACUUUUUCCAUCAUUAGCCUCUAAUACUACAUUUAAACAGGGUUCUACUGGAGCUUUACAACAAGGUUCCACCAACAGAACAUUAAGGAAAAGGUUGGAAACAGAAAUGUAGUUUUUUCCUAAUAUAUUGCAGAUAUAUUCAGUUGUCAAGCAUCUAAACUGGAUUAAUUUUAAUAACUUUAUGUACUUGAAGUGUGUUUUAUGGAGGAAGAUUGUAUCAAAUCAGGAUUUGGUGUCUAUAGAUAGUAAAUAUUAAAUGUCUUAGAUUGGAUCAUAGGCAAAAGAAACUAGAUUGGUACUUCCCUAAUGAACCUCAUAGAGCAGCUCCAUUACAAGCUAGCAGGAUUUUAAGUAAUCAGAUAUGAAUAUUUUGACAUGAAAACACCCAACAAAAAGUUAGAAAAACAAAUCACAGCCUCCAAAUGAACACUAAUACCUCUCAAAAACCUAAAAUAUAAAUCACAACCUUCUAGAGGAACAUUUAUUCCAGACUAAAGUGAUUUAGUUUCAGUGAAAUCCUGAAAUCAGGUGAGGACAGAACCUUUAGAGGGCCGAUGACAGAACCAUGUGGAACACCUCAGGUUCUAGUUUGACUGAUAAACCAGGUAGAAGGUGGAACCAAAGAUCUCAACAAGUUCUUUGUUGUUAUUCCUGAUGGACUAAAUGAUGUAGUAAACAGCAGAACUGGAGGAAGAAAUCCUGAAGGUACGAAGAGAAACGGUUGUUUGUUUAGAACAUCCUGAACUCUGAGGUGAACCUGGAUGUUCGUGGCACUAAAAGGAAACAACCACUGACGUUCUCCUGUGGGGGUUCUACCACUAAAGAGAUCUCCAAUGUUUGACUCCAGACGAACUGAGUUUGUUCCAGUUGGUCGUGGAGUCGUUUUUAAUGAAGCUAUUUAAUGACUGUUGACCAAAGUGCUUCCCAGAGAUUAUUAGAACAAACGCAGCAGGAUGUUCUAUAGGAGAACGUGUGCAUGGUGUUGGAUAUUCAAUGUUUGUCUCACAGCGAUCAGAGUGUUGGAUCCAUUCGUCACUGGAAUAAAAACUAAAUGUUGAA